GCCUCUGUUUCUCCCAACCCAUAACCCCUUUUGAUCUUUCUGUUCCCAUAUAAAAGCUCUCGCUUUGAUCGUUUUGAGAUUGAGAUUGGCCUUCGAUUCGCGCAUGGCGAUUCAAGCGCAGCUGUGUCCGGGCAAUAUUGGGUUCCCGUUAUGUGGGUCUCAGGAUUUGAUAACUGAGAAUAAUGGGUUAGCUCAGUCCUGUUUCAAUUCACAACAGAAACAUCAGCAGCAACAGGAUUUGCGACAGUUGUACAGUGAGAGGCAGAGGAAUCAGAACAUGUUUGUCGACACAAAUCUUCUCUUCUCGAGCAAUAAUACGAAAGCUAACAAUCUCAAUCCGGCUUCACCGUCUAUUUCGCAAAGCAUGGCCCUUCAAUUCGAGAAACAGAGCCAGGAUAUGGAUCGCUACAUCAGACUACAGAAUGAGAAACUCAGAAUUAUGCUGCAACAUCAGAGGAAGCAGCAAGUGGCGUCGUUACUAAAGAAAUUCGAAUCCGACGCGGUUUACAUGUUGAGGCAGAAAGACGAAGAAAUUGCGCAAGCAACGAAGAAAAGAAUGGAGUUAGAAGAGUUUCUAAGAAGACUGGAGGAAGAGAAUCAAGCGUGGCGUAAACUGGCUCAGGAGAAAGAAGCCAUGGUGUUGUCACUGCACAACACAUUGGAACAGGCGAAAGAGAAAGCUUCUCAUGGUCUCAACAAUGGGGUCGCAGCGGAUGAUGCAGGGUCGUGCUGCAACGACGAAGGGGAGAAAAGAAGGGGUAUUAUUAUUGGUGGGGAAGAGGACGAUGGGGUCGAAGUUGAACAGAGCACGAGAAAGAUGAUGAUUUGUGAAAGCUGUAAUUCUGGGAAGGCGUGCUUUCUGUUUCUUCCUUGCAGGCAUCUAUGUUCAUGCAGGGUUUGCGAGGCUUUGCUUCAGGCUUGCCCUGUUUGCAGUACGCCUAAGAAAGCUAGUAUAGAGACCUUGAUUUUCUAGGCUAGUUUUCCGGGAAAAGUAAAUACAGAAUUGGAAGGGAAAAAGAAAAGAGGAAAAAGAUAAAGGAGAAUAGGAGAUUGCUUAUAACUUAGAAGUUGCUGGGAUGUUAGUCAGAUGGAUGGGAUGCACAUAAUCCAUUUCGAUGAAUGCACCCUUGGCCCAAUGCAGAGAGUUACUACUAACUCUAGUUUCCUUUUUAUUCCUGACUUUACCUUUUUCUUUCUCUGUAGAAAAAUCUCAUGAGUUAUGAAAGAAACUUAUAUUUUU